AUGAUUGAUAUUCCGUCUUGUGGCCGUUGUUGUUUCUGUCUACCGUUGCGCAGGGGUGUAAUAACAUUUGGAUAUAUUAAUAUCGUCUGGUCAGCUUUGAUGAUAGCAGUAAUAUCCCCAGAUGACCACCACCGGCCUUUAAUAACAUUCUAUGGUACGAUACAAGAGUACAGUCGAACCCUUGGAAUUGUUUGCAGAGCAAUUGACAUUCUUAUGAGCUUAAUUCUAGUUUUUGGAGGACAUAUGAAGCGACCUCUAUGCCUCAAAAUCUUCUUCUAUUACACUUCUUCCACGUUGCUAGCCGUGUUCGUGAUGCAGAUCGUCGAGAUGUCAACCACCGACAUGCUGUUUAUGGAAUACAUUGAGUUUGCAAUGUUUAUAUUUAGCGCAUUUAUCCACAUUUACAUCCUGCUUCAAGUGAGGAGUUUGAUUAAGAAGCUGGAGUUCGCAACGUCCUCGGACGGUUAUGAAAAUCAAAUGCAGCAGAUUGGUACCACAGAUCUCAAAUUUAAAUCGAACACAGAAUCUUUGUCUGUGGACAUAGAGACACUCCCAGAAUAA